CCAAUUCUACAGAGAGAGGGAGAGAGAGACGACUCCCCGUGCGAGUGCGAGGGUUUGUUUGCAUCCGAUCCUUCGCCGAAUUGGGGUUUCAAAUCAAAAGCCCCUCCCUCUCUCUCUUUGUCGUAUGUCGCAAGUCAUGAGGUCAUAUACACAUGAAAUUGGGUUGCGUCUUUGCUAAAAUCCAAACGCCGUUGGGAAUCUAAUAAUCUCUCUCUCUUCAAAAUGCGCCAUUCCUCGUUUCUUUAUGUCCUCCCUCUAUCCGCCAUGCAUCUCUUUCUCUUCCUUCUUUUCUUUCCCCUCCCUGCUCCUUCCCUCUCUGUUAUUUCCUCUUGAUUCAUGUUCUCCUUUCUUCUUUUCCAUCGCUUCAUGAUCGUCCCCAAUUCCCAAGUUUUUCUCUCCCACAAACAUCUCUGCGACAUGGAACGCUUCGACGUCUUGCUAAGAUCUUCCCCUGAUGAGACCGUGCCGGGCCCAUCAGAAGACGCUGACCCUCAUCAGAACCGCAACGACAAACGUCGACGUCCUUCCCUUCCUCUGAGGAUCAAAAUUCCCACGACAUCGUCGUUCGAGGAAGAAGGCCGUGAUGAGGGCUUCAAGACUCCGACGUCUGCCAUUCACAAGAUAUCGGAGAUCCCGCAGUGUCCGCCUGCACCGAGAAAGCCGAAAUCAUUUCCAUCCAGGAAACGAAGAGCUUCGCGUCCGGUGAUCCUGCUCGAUCUGUCCAGAGAGAUCGAUUCUUUGUUCCCCGGAUCCGUUGUGUUUGAUUUUGGCGGUCAGAUAAAGAAGGUCAAGAGCUGAAUGUAAUGAAAUUUCCUAGACUAUAUACUACACGGGUGGUAGUAUUCCCUGGAUGGAUUUGUAGAAAGUCCCAUUUUUUAUUAGAUCUCCAUGUAUAUCCUGUGGAAUGCAUCAGCCUGGUUAUGGUUAUGUACUUAAUAUAUAUAUAUAUAUAUAUAUUGCCUAUUUACUGA